UCUCUCUCUCUAGUCUCUCUACAAGUCAAACUUCUAGUCAACUAAAGUUGAUUCAACAACUUUAUAUCAAUUAUCAUUAUGAAUACUGAUAAUACUAAACAGUUUGCUGUAAAUUGGAAUAAUCAUAUGUGUCAUGUCAAAAAUGCAUUCGAUAAUUUAUUGAUCAACAGUGAAUUAAUUGACGUCACAUUGUAUGCUGAAGGUACAAAAAUUGGUGCUCACAAAAUGCUCUUGUCAGCCUGUAGUAGUUACUUCAGAAAUCUCUUUCGUGAAUUUCCACAAGAGCACCCUAUUAUCGUAUUGAAAGGAAUAAAGUGUGAAGUCCUAACAGACAUCCUGAAGUUCAUAUAUAGUGGAGAAGUUAGUGUUGAUAGUGAAGUAUUUGAUAGUUUCAUUCAAACUGCAGAAUUCUUACAAAUAAGUGGUCUCACUGAUAAUGGAAAAGAUUCACAAUCUAAAGAAAGACAAACUCGAGGACAAACUUUUAUUGAUGUAGAACAGACAAUAGAAUUGCCUCCAAAAGCCAAAAGACUUGGUAGGAGAAAGAGGCCUCUGAAGAAGUUGCAAGAGCUUAAAGAAGAUAAUGAUUCAGACUAUGUGAAAUGUGAAUCAGAAAUGUUAUCAACUAUCCAUGCAGAUGGAGUAUCUGACCAAAAAAAAUCCCAGUUUCCUCCAGACAUUUUGUUACAAACAGUUAAAAAGGAAACAAAUGAACAGCAAUACUAUGUCUCUUCUGAGAGUACCGUCGACGCAAACAUGAAGGCUAGUGACAAAUUGACGUGUCCCAUAUGCUACAAAGUUUUCACGCACCCAUACAGCCUCCACCAUCACAAACCUGUCCAUAUGGGUAGAACGAAAUGUCCAAUAUGUAGCGUUGUACUUUCUAGGAAGUACAAUUUGAAGAUGCAUAUGAAAUCCAGACAUAAUGUUGUUUGAUAAUGUAGGUACCUAACUAAGAAUAUGUGAUAUUUUUCAGUAUUAUUUAAUCAAUGUGAGUAGCAUGCUAUUAGAAUCUGUGAAUCUGUGAUGUUUAGUUCGUAAUUUUAUGUAUAUUCUGUUGAAUUUCUUUUUAAUGUUAUUUAAUAGAUAUUUAUUAUUUUUAUUAUUGAUGAUCUCAUAUUGAUUUCCUUUAAUGAAUCAUGUUUGCAUUGUUUCAUAUUCCAUUUUAUGAAUUCAACAAGAAAAUCUAUGAAUGAAGGUACUGAAUGAGGAUUAUCAAUGUCAUAUUCUAUUCUACUCAAUGAUGGCUAUCACUAUAUAUAUUUAUUGUCCACCAGACCUCCCUACUGAGAUGUGAGGUCAGAGUUGGUAACACUGAUAAAUAUACUUCUUUUCGUGUCAUUUGGCCUCUUCCUACGAUCUUAUUCUUCUUAGUCAAUGUAAGAGUUGGUCGUAAAGUUCCACAUUGGGAGAAAAAACGUAAGUCUGCUCAAGUUUUUCCAUAACUUGAGAUUUUCUAUUUGUUGAAAUAUUCUACAUACUUUUUUCCGAAUAUGUUCGAUAAAACAGGCAACAGCCUCUAGGGCUAUCCGGCAAAAUUUUGAAAGUUAUGGCUUUGACAUUGAUCUCACGUUUUACCAACUGGUUAGAAUGAAAAUGUUAGCCUCAUUGAAUAAUGAAUCCUACGAGAACCAAGAAAUGCGAAAUAGCUAUUGUAUUUUUUUCAAAUAGCCUAAAAAUGCUCUGCAUAUGUUAAUUAAUGUCAUGAAUAUAUUUUUUUCAUUCUUAUGAAUAAAUCUUUAUUGAAUACACCAC